AUGAAAUCAGUACUACUGGACGGGGGAGACAAAGAUUCAAGCUUGGGCCCGACAUUGGAGGAAUGCAAGAAGAAGAAACACAACGAAGCUGAACGGAGACACUGGCGGAGACACCUCGCCCGCCUCGCCACUCUCCGCAGCCUCCUCCCCCAAAAAUUAAUAAAAAAGGACAAAGCCUCGUUACUGGCGGAGGUGGUGCGUCAGGUGAGGGACAUGAAGAAUCAGGCAGCAGACGUGGCCUCGGUUGCAGCGGAGCAUGAUGGCGAUGUCGGUGGCGAGGGAUCUGAGACGUCCUGGUGCUUCCCUGGUGACGCGGCUAUUGUUACGCUGAGUUACUGCGGCGAAGGCAGGGAGAUGAUAAAGGUGAUGGUGUGCUGCGACGACCGGGUCAGUCUGAACGGAGACUUAGCACGUGCGAUCCGAUCGGUGGGGGGAAGGGUGGUGAAGAUGGAGAUGGUGAUGGUGGGCGAAAGGACGAAAAGUGUGGUUGUGAUGCAACGCGGCCGCAACAGAGAUUAG